AUGUCCGAGGACGCGAGCGCCCUGCCCUGGUCCAUCAACAGGGACGAUUACGAGCUGCAGGAGGUGAUAGGGAGUGGAGCAACUGCUGUGGUUCAGGCUGCGUACUGUGCCCCCAAGAAGGAGAAAGUGGCGAUCAAACGGAUAAACCUUGAGAAAUGUCAGACUAGCAUGGACGAGCUCCUGAAAGAAAUUCAGGCGAUGAGUCAGUGCCAUCAUCCUAACAUCGUGUCUUACUAUACAUCUUUCGUGGUGAAAGAUGAGCUUUGGCUGGUCAUGAAGCUGCUGAGUGGAGGGUCUGUUUUGGAUAUUAUUAAGCAUAUCGUGGCAAAGGGGGAACACAAAAGCGGAGUCCUCGAUGAACCCACCAUUGCUACAAUCCUCAGAGAAGUGCUGGAAGGGCUGGAGUACCUGCAUAAAAAUGGACAGAUUCACAGAGAUGUGAAAGCAGGAAAUAUUCUUCUUGGAGAAGAUGGCUCAGUUCAGAUUGCAGACUUUGGGGUUAGUGCUUUUUUAGCAACUGGUGGUGAUAUUACCCGAAAUAAAGUGAGAAAGACCUUUGUCGGCACCCCGUGCUGGAUGGCACCUGAAGUUAUGGAACAGGUCCGCGGCUAUGAUUUCAAAGCUGACAUCUGGAGUUUCGGGAUCACAGCGAUUGAACUGGCCACUGGCACAGCUCCUUAUCAUAAAUACCCACCCAUGAAGGUUUUAAUGCUGACACUGCAGAAUGAUCCUCCUUCUUUGGAAACUGGUGUACAAGACAAAGAAAUGCUCAAAAAAUAUGGGAAAUCAUUUAGAAAAAUGAUUUCCUUGUGCCUUCAAAAAGAUCCAGAAAAAAGACCAACAGCAGCAGAACUGCUAAGGCACAAAUUUUUCCAGAAAGCAAAGAAUAAAGAAUUUCUUCAAGAAAAAAUACUACAGAGAGCCCCAACCAUUUCUGAAAGAUCUAAAAAGGUCCGGAGAGUACCAGGUUCCAGUGGCCGUCUUCAUAAAACUGAGGAUGGGGGCUGGGAGUGGAGUGACGAUGAAUUUGACGAAGAAAGUGAGGAGGGGAAAGCGGCGAUUUCACAACUUAGGUCUCCUCGAGUGAAAGAGCCGUUGAAUUCUGAGCUCUUUCCAACAGCAGAUCCCCUGGGGACUUUGCUACAAGUUCCAGAACAGAUCUCUGCUCAUCUACCUCAGCCAGCUGGGCAGAUGCCGACGCAGCCAACUCCAGUCUCCGUCCCACCCCCGGCAGAGCCCGCACAGACAGCUCAGGCUCUGUCUUCAGGAGCAAGUUCACAAGAAACCAAGGUCCCUAUCAGUCUAGUCCUGAGAUUAAGGAAUUCAAAAAAAGAACUUAAUGAUAUUCGUUUCGAAUUUACCCCGGGGAGAGAUACCGCGGAGGGCGUCUCUCAGGAGCUCAUCUCUGCUGGCCUGGUCGACGGACGGGAUUUAGUCAUAGUGGCAGCUAAUUUGCAGAAAAUUGUGGAAGAGCCUCAGUCCAAUCGAUCUGUCACUUUCAAACUGGCAUCUGGCGUUGAAGGCUCCGAUGUUCCCGACGAUGGUAAACUAAUAGGAUUUGCGCAGCUCAGCAUUAGCUGA